AUGGCUAAUUCGUACACUAUUCUUGCUGAUUUGAGGGCUGGGAGAUGUUCCAACACCGCGGAGGUCCGUCUCUUGAGGUUCUGGGAGGAGAAAAACAUCAACAAAAGGGGACAGCUGAUGAGUGUUGAGAUGUUAUUGGUUGAUGAGCAUUCGACGCUUAUCCAAGGGUCUGUUCCUGCGGCUAUACAACUUACGUUUAGGAGUCGGUUAACCGAAGGCUCAGUGUACACCUUAAGUGGGUUCGAUUUCACACGCAGCAACCCAAAAUUCAGACUUUCUGAUGGGCCUGUCUCGACUCGUUUCAAUGAGGGGACUGCUUUUGAAAAGUUAGCAACCACUACGAGGAUAAUUCCGACAGGGCAUUUCCGCUUCCGACCAUAUGAACAGAUACUUGAGCUCGCAAACACCGGGAAACAACUUUCGGACGUUAUGGGUGAGCAUCGUGCAAUAAGGAGCACAAUAACGGACCGUCUACUUGGGGCACAGCGUGUUAUGCUAACUUUACGCCUGGAGGGGUACGCUCGGUUCUCUGAUAUCCGUUUCUUAUGA